AUGUCAGAGUGGAAGGUUAAUCCUGAUAACCGUAGGAGGUUGCUUCAACUACAAAAAUUAGGUGCUAAUAAGAAAUGCGUGGAUUGUGGAGCUCCAAAUCCACAAUGGGCGUCCCCUAAAUUUGGGAUUUUUAUUUGCCUUGAAUGUGCUGGAGUUCAUCGUGGAUUGGGUGUUCACGUGUCUUUUGUUCGUUCCAUUACUAUGGAUCAGUUUAAGCCUGAUGAGCUACUUAGAAUGGAAAAGGGCGGGAACGAGCAGCUGUGUGAUUAUUUGGCAUCGCAUAAUAUCGAUGUGAAACUUCCCCAGAAACUGAAGUAUGACAAUCCCAUUGCGGAGGACUACAAAGAGAAGUUGACGUGUUUGUGUGAAGGGCGCGAGUGGGUCGAGCGAGAACACCCUGAGUUUGACGCCAGCCAGCUGUCUGCCGGCGAAUUUUCAGGAUCUGAGUUUCCGGCUGCUUCUGGAGCCCAUUCAGCGGAAAAGAUUGAAUCACGUCGUUCUGCUACGCCGCAGCUUUCUGAAGACCAGAAACAGAAAAACGAAUCAUAUUUUGCAGACUUGGGCAAUAGAAACCAGCAGAAGCCUGCCCAUCUUCCUCCCUCGCAGGGCGGCAGAUACCAGGGAUUCGGAAACACUACCACUCCAUCGGUUGAAGAACAUAAGCGUGGUGGUUUGGGAGCCGAUCUUUCUCUCGACAAUCUCCAAAAGGACCCCUGGGGAACAUUAACGAAGGGCUGGGGUCUAUUUUCUACCGCAGUGACAAAAUCUGUGGAGGAAGUAAAUGAAGCUGUGAUCAAACCCAGCAUACAACAACUGCAAUCGGGUGAGCUUUCCAGUGAGGCUCAAAGGGCCGCUCAGCAGUUUGGUCAGAAGUUUCAGCAAACUAGUAGCACGGGUAUAAGCGCCUUUUCAAAAUGGACAAAAAAUAUGCAGCAGCAAUAUUCCCAAGGCUUCCAACACAAGCCUGAACAGGAUUCAAAAUACUCCAAACUUUUUGAUAGCCUACAAGGUAAGCAAGGUGGCGAUAAACAGCCCACGAAAGGAGUAGCAUUAUCAAAAAAUGAUGCUGAAGGAGACUGGGAUGACUUUUAA